GUGGUUCAUUCGUGAGCCGCGCUUUGUGGGGCCUUUUCCUUUGUAUCGAGUGCAUGAGCAGGGAAGUUAAAGAGCUUGGGUUCGAGAUUCAAGCUUUGAGGCUGGAACUUCAGGUUCUGAAGCUGCGUGUGGAGCGGCAGGAGGCCGAGAUCGCUGAGCUCAAGGCUGUGCAAGGCUUUGAGUUUGUACAAGUGCCCCCUGAGGAGGGGACUUCUUCUGAGAGGCUCGGUUCAGAGCCUGCUUCUUCCAGCCAGGGCCGCCCUGGAGAUUCUGCAAGUUCCGAUUGGACCUUUCGUUUGGAGGUGGCCCGCGAGAUCGGGCGAUUCUUGAAAGCUGGGCUCGAGCGGAAGAAGUGGAGUGGCACCAGCGGGCGCGACAAGAUCACUUUGAGAAGCACUAUCUACGUGUUGGUCCGGGACAAGGGCGGGUGUACUUACACAGAUCCUGUCCGAGUUUUCCGGAGCUGGCGAGGCAUCAAGGAGCUGGUGGAGACAAAGGGCAACCUGUUCGAUUCCCUCUUCGUCGGCUUCCCUUCUCAGCGGGAGGCCGUGGUUGCAGUGACUGAGGAGGAGACGGAAGUGCGGCCCCAUCUCCUUUUCAAAGCAGGUCGCACAAACUUCAGUUAUCGUGUGGGGUCUUUGCCAUGCGCCGUCGCAGACGAGGAGACCUCAAUUUUGACGAUUGCAGAGCUGGGCGGCCGGGCUAUAGUCGCCCUGCCUCAGGAGGUGUGGCAUCGGCAAGUCGCUCGGCGCAAGGUCAGCCCGACUACUUUGGGAAAGGCCAUCCUUGUGGAGGUGGUCGGAGCCACACCUCAGGAUCCGGAAGUGCCGCUGCCCGAGGUGACUAUCAAACUUUGGGUGGGCGUCCUUGCGAUGGAGCAGGAGGCCCUUAUCAACUACGAGCGGCCGGCCGGGGAGGUAAAGUACCAGUUCGCGCCGACCGUGCUUCCCUAUGCUCAGGCACUGGUCUCCGUGGCGGACGAGCACUUCGCCUUUACCACAGCGGAGAGCACCGGAGGACCCGAGGGAAUUUUCAAAAGAAUGAGUGCCGUCGAAUCUGGUUUGGCCGAGAUAAAGGUGCUCAUCGCGAACCUUGGUGCAAAGGAGCCGGACAAGGCUGGAGCGCCCCAGGAGCCUCGGGACAAGGUGAGGGGAGCAAAGUCAAAGGCCGUGGCAGCCCCAAGGAAGACAGCGAUGGGUGGCCUGGAUCCGGCCACGGUUGCGGCCGCCAGGGCGGCCGGGAUCGAGGACAGCGCGCUGCAGGAGAUGGGCAAGCUGCUAGCGGCGAAGCGCCUGAAGAAGCCAGAGGAUGCGGGCGAGAAGCCCGCCACGGCGGUGGGCGCUGGCCUGGACGAGGACGACUUUGCCGAGGACCUGGAGGAGCUGAACCUCGACGAGCCCGAGCAGGAUGGAAGCCGGAUGGAGGCUGCGGUUCUGCAGCUCACAAAGAUUGUGAGCACGUUGGCUCACCCGACGAGGCCUUCAAAACCGGACUUAGAGAGCGUGCUGGACGCCGGCGUGAGCAGCGGGAGUGGCGAUCAGCAGAACCUCGGCCAAGGACGGAAAAGUGCAGCGGCUCUGCGCUUCCUCACCAAGGUCUACGACGAGAACCCCAAGGCCAUCUACGAAGCUCUGGAGCGGCAAAUGAUGCUGGAUUUUCAGGUGGCACCACCGAAGCCAGGUGUUCCCGACUACUCCGGCGGCAAUGGUACUGCGCGGGGCUGGCUGGCCGCAAAGAGCAGGAUCGGCAACUUCCACAAUCACAUUCGGUGGUCGUGGCAGGUCGCAGGCAUAUGGGACGACCUUGUUCAGAACAACGUGGACCGUGCAAGGGCACGUGCAGGCCUCCUGGUGGCCUGCGCAGACCAGGCCUCGAUCGAUUCGGGGUCUUGGGUGAUGAGCACUGUGGCUCUACUAGAGCCGCUUCCUCCGUUUCAAGAAUUUGCAAGGCAUACCGGGCCUCAGCCGGCGGAGUCCCAGAUCUCCGCGCUCUUCGACCCCCGUUGGGGGGAGGUGUUUCUCCAGGUGCUGAAGGACCGGGAGUCGUUCAACGAGGCGAAGCAGAAGCUGGCUCAAGGUUCGAGGCGGGAGCUGCCCACGAACCCUCGUGGGAGCGACAAGGAGACCACCGAGGAUCCGAAGGGGCGCGGGCGCGGCCGAGGACGAGGGCGAGGCCGCGACGGCAGUGGUGCCCAAGGGGGUGCCGAACAGCAGUGA